UGGCCGCGUAGAGUGAGUGGUGCACCUGUCCUGACAGCACGUGUUACAGCUGUGCGCCGAUUUGGUCGUCGUAAAUUGCUCUCACUUCGGACGUCAGGUAGAUUUUCCAACGUGGGAAGGAGUCGGGGGAUCGUCACACCAGAGGCUAUAUCAAUCACGUAAUGUCGAGAUCUGUCCAUCGCCGCGGCUAGACAAUCCCUCACUCCACUUCCAGCAGAGAAAAACCCUCUAAUUUCCAUAUCAAAGCACCCGCAAAGGGGAAAUCUGGACAACUGACUGUCACGUAAGACCACCUGUCUAAUCCCCAACAAAAGCAUCAGGCAAGUAUGGACAUCAUCACCUACAAUCACCACGAGUUGUCUCACCCGAUUGCCAGCGACGAGACUGAGGACGAUCUCGAUCAGGAUUACGAGGACGAGCAGGAGGAACUGCCAUUUCUCAACGAUUCAAAUCGAAUAAUAACGGAUUGUGAAUCAAACGAGGAGAACACCUGUGCCCUGCCACUCCGUAGAAGCCUCUUUCCCAAUGUGCCACCCUAUAUUAUUUUUAAAUCAUUUGACUCGACCGCUCAUAACCUGCCAAUCACCAUAACAAAGCACCUGAAAUGGAAGCUCAGUACAAUUACCCCACUGUUGGUGCGAAGAACAGUCGUCAACUCGGGCUUUCGCCUGGUGAAAAAAUCCCAGGAGUGGAUUGGAACCUGGGGCAAACACAUGAAAUCCAAUUGCUUCAAAUCCCUGAGGGACACCCAGAAGGUCAAUCACUUUCCAGGUACCUUUCACAUAGGCCGAAAGGACAGAUUGUGGAGGAACUUGAGCAGACUCAUGUCCAAACAUGGUAGAAAGGAAUUUGGUUUUGUUCCACGUACUUAUGUCCUCCCCCAGGACCUUCGCAGCUUUCGCCAAGUUUGGGAGAAGACUGGCGGUAAAGAGAAGUGGAUAAUCAAGCCUCCAGCGUCAGCCAGAGGGACGGGAAUCAGGGUUGUUCAUCGAUGGAGUCAAAUCCCCAAGAAACGGCCAAUCAUCGUCCAGCAGUACCUGUCCAAGCCUUUGCUAAUCGGUGGCGCUAAAUUUGACCUUCGUCUAUACGUUCUCGUUACAAGCUUCAAUCCCCUUCGGGUCUAUCUUUAUCCUGAUGGUCUCGUUCGAUUCGCCUCUGUCAAGUACAACGACGACAUCAAUUACCUCAGCGAUCGCCUCAUGCAUCUGACUAAUUACAGUAUUAACAAGACAUCAUCGAGCUACACUAGCAACGAGUGCGCUGACUCGUGUAUUGGCCACAAAUGGACCAUCAAGACUUUUAUGAGUUAUUUGGAGAAGGAGGGAGUCAACACCAAGAAACUCUGGAACUCUGUGAAGGACAUCAUUGUGAAAACUAUGAUUGCUGGAGAGCCACCAAUUAACACCCUCACUAGAACCAAUAUAACCACAAGGUACAGCUGCUUUGAGCUGUUUGGUGUUGACAUUCUCCUUGACGAAAAUCUCAAACCCUGGCUACUGGAGGUCAAUAUCUCGCCCUCACUCCAGUCAUCAUCGGCCCUCGAUAUUGCCGUCAAGGGACCUCUUGUUAAGAAUCUAUUCAACAUGGUGGGAUAUCAGCUACCUGCCAAUCUACCCCACAAAGAAGCAGCUACACUAGCCAAAACUUAUGACUUUGAAUGUGUCUGUCAGGACGUUAGGCUUGACAAAAUGUCAUUGAGCAAUCAGGAGAAGCAGAAGCAGGCUCUCUACGUUAAUCUAGAUCGAGAGGACUACGUUGAGGAUAUUUUGGAGGAUCUGACACCCGACGACGUGAGACACCUCAUUGCCCACGAGGAUGAGAUCUCCCAGGCUGACAGGUUCGAAAGGGUUUUUCCCACUAGCACUAGCUCCUGGUACCUCGACUUUUUCGAUGUGCCCCGGUAUUACAAUCUCCUUCUCGAUGCAUGGGAAGAUAAGUACGGUGACUGCAGGGAGCAAGGCAUCCAAGUACUGAGAAAACUCUGCGAGCAGAAGUUUCAUCUUGAAAAUACUGCCUAGAUUUACAUUAAAAAUUCAUUUUUUAAGAUUUUUCCAAGACCUAAAUCGGGGGCUGAAUUGUGUUCAAAUUUUUAGCAAGUCAAAAUGAUUCAAACGGAUGAUUUUUUUUUUAGACGAGAGUUUCUAUUUAUCCCGCUGAGAGUGCCUUCUAGAAUUAAUCGAAUUUCAUAUUGUACGCAGCAUUGAUUAAUAAAUGAAUUUUUCACUCAAUGAUCA